AUUCCUGGCAUUAAUGCAGUGUUGCUAAACACUGGAAACGACAGACUUUGUGACAUUAAUGUUUCACUUGAUUGUGAGACAUUUGCUGCUGCAACAGUGGAUCAGUUCACUCACGGAUAGAAUUUUAAUGCAGAGAUGGGGUGGACUUUCUGUUUCAUCGGGUUUCUGUAUGUGUCAGUGAGUGUGUGCUGGCGGCUGCCUGAUUCAGAGCCUCUAAUGUAUGGGGAGGUCCAGUCCCCCCAGUAUCCCCAGCCUUACCCUCCCAACCUGCAGGAGCAGUGGGACCUCAGUGUGCCCGAGGGCUACCAGAUCCGAAUCACCUUCACACACCUGGACAUUGAAGCUUCUGCAGGCUGCCAUUACGACGCCCUUACAGUUCUCUAUGAUGGAAAGGUCCUGGGGAAGUUUUGUGGCCAUGAGAAUUCUGCUGAUGGGCAUCAUCCAGGCAACCAUCCCAUUUUGUCUCCAGGAAACAGACUCACCCUCAUUUUCCUGACGGACGACAACAACCCAGAGCGCCACCAGAACGUGGGCUUCUCUGCUCAAUACCAGGCAAUAGACAUAGAUGAGUGUUCAGCGCCAGAACCUGGAGAUGGCUCAGAUCCACUCUGCUCUCAGAUCUGCCUAAACACCCUUGGCUCAUACCUCUGCUCCUGUCACCACGGCUUCGAGCUUCGCUCAGACCAGCGCACCUGUGUGUUGUCCUGUGGCGGUGGUAUAUUUGAUGAGCCAGAGGGACAUCUGUUCAGUCCAGGGUAUCCCAACCCCCCACCUCAUGCAGUGUCCUGUCAGUACAUUAUUUCUGUAGAAAAUGGCUUCACUGUCUCUCUUAACUUCACUGACAACUUCCACAUCGAGAGUGUUGACACUCUGCAAGGCCCAGUCUGUCUCCAUCACUGGUUACAGGUAACCAUUCCAAACAGAGAGCCCAUGAAGCUGUGUGGUGGAACGAGACCAGGUCUGAUAGUCACAAACUCCAACACUGUCACUUUGGACUACCACACUGAUAAUGACGGCCAGAGCAAUGGCUGGAGCCUGGACUACAGCACAAACAGGGUGAGGUGUCCAUUUCCCGGUAAUGUAGCUAAGGGCAGGGUCACUCCUAUCUUGACCGAAUAUCUCUAUAGAGACUAUGUCUAUGUGCGCUGUGAACAAGGAUACAAGCUGAUGAUGGAUGGUCAGGAGCUGGACAGUUUCUCUACCAUGUGCCAAAGCAAUGCACAGUGGCACCUCCCUUUGCCAGAAUGCCACAUAAUUGACUGUGGAGAACCUGAACCUUUGCUGAAUGGAGGAGUGACCUUCAUGUCUGGCUUUCAGAAUCAGUACCUUUCUGUUGUUCAGUAUCACUGUAAUGAACCAUUUUACUCUCUCCUUGGGGGUGUAAAUGUUAGCUUCACCUGUGAAGCAGACAGAAAGUGGAGAUCCAACAACGAUAUUGUAGUCAGUCCAACAUGUAUACCAGUCUGUGGCCAGCCUACAAAACACAUCUCUGCCUAUCAGAGGAUCAUUGGAGGAAGUGAAGCUCCAGAAAAUACCAUCCCCUGGCAAGUGUUACUGAGUGUACAAGGAGAUAGAGGAGGAGGCAUGGUGAUUGGAGACCGCUGGAUUAUGACUGCAGCUCAUGUCGUUAAGCAUAAAGAAGUUGCAUCAAACGAUGUUAUACAGAUUUACAUGGGACUUACUGAAAUUAAAACCGGGAGUCUCUCUCCUGUGUUUGCCGCCUCUGUCCACGUUCACCCUGACUACAACAACCUCGAUGAUGCCUUAGACUACAACAAUGACAUUGCCUUGAUCAAACUGCAAGACCCAAUCACAUUCAACUCAUCUAUUAUGCCAGUAUGUUUGCCUGCAGAAGGUGCUACAUAUGUCACUGGCAUGAUGGGACUGGUGUCCGGCUUUGGUGUUACAGAAGCAGCCGGCAACACACGGAUUUUAACAAAUAAGUUGAAGUACGUGCACCUCCCUGUGGUGGAGCAGGAGACAUGCAGUAAUUCAAUCACUUUGUUGAAGAGGACAAAGAGUGAUGUACCAAGUCUGACAAAUAACAUGUUUUGUGCUGGAGUCCCUGAAGGUAAGAAGGACUCCUGCCAAGGUGACAGUGGAGGUCCCUUCACCCUGAGUGAAGACGGACGGUUCUGGGCUGCUGGGAUUGUCAGCUGGGGGGUUAACUGUGGACAGAAGGGAACAUAUGGAGUCUACACCAGAGUUGCCAACUACCUGGACUGGAUCAACAAGACUAUGCAGGAGAACGUCAUUGCUGCCCCUGUUCUUUUCCAAUUCAUACCUGCAUUUAUUUUUGCCAAGACAAACAAACCCUGGAGGUUAAAUUCCAUUGCAAAAUACUACAAACUACAGCCACGUGACGUUCAUGUCAUUUUACCUAAAACUGUGCACAGGGACACACUUGUUGAAAACAUGGGGUGGACCUUCUGUGUUAUAUGGUUUCUGUGUUUGCCAGUGAGUGAGUGCUGGCAGCUACCUGACUCUGAGCCUGUAAUGCACGGGGAGGUCCAGUCUCCUCAGUAUCCCCGGCCUUACCAUCCCAACUUGCUGAAGUACUGGGACCUUUUCGUUCCUGAGGGCUACCAGAUCCAGCUGUCCCUGACACACCUGGAUAUUAAAACUUCCUCGGGCUGCUAUCAAGACUCUUUGACGGUUCUCCAUGAUCAAAAGGUCUUGUGGAAGUUUUGUGGCCAGGAAAUUUCACGUGAUCACAGAGGCCAAGAGCAGAUCCUUUCUCAAGGCAACAGACUGACUCUCAUUUUCCAAACAAGUAACUCCACUCCAGAGUUCCAACAGCACAUCGGCUUCUCUGCUACCUACAAGGCAAUAGACAUAGAUGAGUGUUCAAAACCAGACUCUGGAGAUGGCUCAGGUCCAAUCUGCUCUCAGAUCUGCAUCAACACCCCUGGCUCUUACCGCUGCUCCUGCCACCGUGGUUAUAAUCUUCAUUUAGACCAGCGCACGUGUUUGUUAUCCUGUGGUGGUUUUUUUGACAAGCAUGAGGGACAUCUGUCCAGUCCAAGGUACCCUCACCCCUCACCUCCUUUUCUGUACUGCAAGUACAUCAUCUCUGUGGAGCCCAGAUUCACUGUCACUCUCAACUUCACUGACAACUUCCACAUAGAGAGCAUGGACACUCAGCAGGGUCCUAGGUGUCUACAUCACUGGCUGCAGAAGGUGACCAUCCCAGACAGAGAGCCCAUGAAGCUGUGUGGUGGAAAGAGUCCAGGUCUGAUAGCUACAAAUUUCAGUACUGUCAGACUGGACUACCACACUGAUAAUGAAGGCCUGAGUCACGGCUGGAGCCUGGACUACAGCGCAGAUGAAGUUGACUGUGGAGAACCCGAACCUUUGCUGAAUGGAGGAGUGACCUUCCUGUCUGGCUUUCAGAAUCAGUAUGGUUCUGUUGUUCAGUAUCACUGCAAUGAACCUUUUUACUCUCUCCCUGGGGGCGUUAAUGUUAGUUUCACCUGUGAAGCAGAAGGAAAGUGGAGAUCCAACCACACCGAUGUCACUCCAACAUGUAUACCUGUCUGUGGCAAGCCUACAAAACUCAUCACUGCUUAUCAGAGGAUCAUUGGAGGCAGGCAAGCUUCAGACAAUACUAUCCCCUGGCAAGUGUUACUGAAUAUAGACGGAAGAAGGGGAGGAGGCAUGGUGAUUGCAGACCACUGGAUUAUGACUGCAGCUCAUGACCUAACACAUAAUGGAAAACCAGUAUUAAAAGAGGCUAUACGGAUUUACAUGGGGGUUAUUGAUGUUAAAACUCAGAGACUCUCUCCUGUGUAUGCUGCCUCUGUCCAUAUGCACCCUGAAUACAACAACCCCAAUGACUUAGACUACGACAAUGACAUUGCCUUGAUCAAACUGCAAGACUCGAUCACAUUCAACUCAUCCAUAAUGCCAAUAUGUUUGCCAGCAGAGGGUGCCACAUACGUCACUGGCAUGAUGGGACUGGUGUCAGGCUUUGGCAUUAUGGAAAUUUACCCCCCACGGUUAACAAAUAAGCUGAAGUACGUGCAACUCCCUGUUGUGGAGCAGGAGACAUGCAAUAAUUCAUUCACUUUGUUGAAGAAGACAAGGCAAAAUAUACCAAGUCUGACAAAUAACAUGUUUUGUGCUGGAGUCCCUGAAAGUGGGAAGGACUCCUGCUUAGGUGAUAAUGGAGGUGCCUUUGCCCUGAGUGACAAGGGACAGUUCUGGGCUGCUGGGAUUGUCAGCUGGGGGAUUGCAUGUGGACAGCAGGGAACAUAUGGAGUCUACACCAGAGUUGCCAACUACCUGGACUGGAUCAAGAAGACUAUGCAGGAGAACUGAAAUUUACAUUUUCAGUUACAAAGUGAUCUGAAGACGUUGAUGAAAUACUAGUCAAAACAAACAGAUCUACAAUAAAAUGAGGAAAAAGAGGA